CGAGGCGACGGAGGGACGCGGGAGGGAACGCAGGGAGGGGAGGCAGAGAGGCUGACGUGGGCCGGGGUCGGCGCUGCGGGCUGUAGGAGGCGGCGGGUGCGCAGCGACACCACGUCCUGAAGUGAGGACGAGGGAGCGCCGCGCCCGCAGCUCUCCGCACAGCCCGCGCCUCGCGUGCGGAGGAGCGGCCGGCGCCGCCGAGUCGAGCCACGUCCUCUCGGGCUCCUGCCACUCCCGGAGCCACCAUGGUCCCGGCCCUCUGGCCGUGCGUCAGCCGCAUCCUCUGGCUCGCCUGCCUCCUGCCCUUGGCCCCGGCUGGGGUGGCCGCAGGCCUAUAUGAACUCCACCUCACCACCGAUAGCCCGGCUACCACGGGGGCAGAGGUGACCGUCACGGCUCGCCUGGUGGCCAGUGACAACGGCAGCCUGGUCCUGCCCACCAACAUUCACUUCUACCGCUUCCACUGGAUCCAUACCCCACUGCUGCUCACGGGGAAGAAGGACGAGGCGUUCAGCUCCACCAUCCGCGCUGUGGGGAUCGAGCCCGGGGACUUCCCCGUCUCUGUCUGGGUCACCGCCGCCAACUGCUGGAUGUGCCAGCCUGUGGCAAGGAGCCUUGUCGUCCUCUCCAUCACAGAGCUCCUCGUGGGGAACCUCAUUGUCACCCAGAACACGUCCCUGCCCUGGCCCGGCUCCUAUCUUGCCAAGACAGUCCUUAACAUUUCCUUUCUCCUCCAUGACCCGAACAACUUCUUCAAGACUGCCUCAUUUCUCUACAGCUGGGACUUCGGAGACGGCACCCAGAUGGUGACUGGAGACCCAAUGGUCUAUUAUAACUAUCCGACCAUUGGAAACGUCACUGUGAAGCUCAAAGUGGUGGCUGAGUGGGAACAGGCCACACUGGAUGCUGGGAAGGGCAUCACGCAGAAGACGGGUGACUUCUCUGCCUCGCUGAAGCUGCACGAAACCCUUCAAGGCAUCCAGGUCUCGGGGCCUACCCAAAUUGAGAGCUUCCAAAAGAUGGCAGUGACCUUGAACUUCCUGGGAAGCCCACCUCUGACUGUGUGCUGGCGUCUCAAGCACGAGUGCCUUCCGCUGGAGGAAGGGGAAUGUCACCCAGUGUCCGUGGCCGACACAGCUUACAACCUGACCCACGUCUUCAGGGACCCUGGGGACUACUGCUUCAGCAUCCGGGCCGAGAAUGUCAUCAGCAAGACGCAUCAGUACCACAGGAUCCAGGUGUGGCCCUCCAGCAUGCAGCCGGCGGUCUUUGCUUUCCCAUGUGCCACGCUUAUCACCAUGAUCCUGGCGUUGAUCAUGUACAUCAGCCUGAGGAAUGCUCACCAGAAGGACAUGGUGGAGGUGGCUGAUUUUGACUUUUCCCCCAUGUCUGACAAGAAUCCGGAGCCACCCACGGGGGCCAAGUGCUGCUGCCAGAUGUGCUGUGGGCCCUUCUUGCUGGAGACGCCAUCUGAGUACCUAGAGGUUGCCCGCGAGAACCACGGGCUGCUGCCACACCUCUACAAGCCUGUCAAAACGUACACGGUGUGAGCGCGCCCUCAACCCACGUCAGCUUUAACGAACUGCCGAUUUGAUGCUUUGGGCGGGGUGGUGCGCGCCACCCAGCAGGAGGGGUUCACGAGUGUGGGGCCAUCUGCCCUGGCCAGCCAUCCAUCUGUACAGUCCAGCUGCUGACACAAGCCCCUCUCAGUCACACACCACUCCCCCUGGCCAUCUGUCCACCUGUACAGUCUAACCGCUGCUGUGAGCACCUCUCAGUCAACCCCGGCCUUCCCCUUGCCUUUGAAGAGGCCCCAAGCAGGAGUCGGUAUGCGAUGCGGCCUCCUCUGGAGAGGUGUGCCUGGCUGCCCCUCGCCCAAUCCUCCCAGGCUGGCAGGUCUGCUGUCCAUCUGGGAUUUGAGCUUUCCUUCCCCAGGCAGCCGUGCCAAGGUCAGAGAGCUAGGAGGAAGGUCAAAAACGGCUGAGGACACAACAUGAAAGGUCACGCACAGAGACACGCGGGCAUGCACACACACACGUGUCAUACAGACAUCUCAGAUGAUUUCCUCUGUAUCAGUUCAGUAGGCUGCUGGGACGUACCCUGAAUUAGAACUCAGAUGAAAUCUGACCUCCACUUGACCCCAAUAGCUCCUGGGCCUGGCCCCUUCCUUUUUGUGCUGUCCCUGUGGCUACCUGGUCCCAUUCUAAAGACACCUUGUUCCCUGCCUGCUUGCUGGGGGCUGGGUGCAGGUGGGGCUAAUACUUUGUAAGUACAAAGUGCUUUAGAAAUAGCAUUUUUAUUGAGACCAUGUUAACUUCCAUUGAGGAAAAGGCCUUGAAGCAGAAGAGGAGUAGAGCCAGUGGGGCAUGGGUUCCCUGAAAGGGGACCCAGCUUCACCUGGGGGUGGGGAGUGGCUUGAGAAGCAAGAGGCAGGACUAGAUAGAGGCUGGCAGGGGAACCAAGCCCACUCUUACCCGCUCCGGCCCAGUGGCUGGGACAGGCAGAGCAGGUAGAGAGAGCAGUUUCUGGGUGCAGGGGAGACCACCAUUAGGUCCCCAUCCAACUGUUCAGGGGUGCUGGGAGCAACCUGGGCCUGUUUGGUGGAGGGCAGGGCCAUGGGGGCAGAGUUCUGUUGCUGUAAUCAAUUGCUCUCAGACUUUGUGCAGAAAACAGUAUACCCACAGUCAUGCAACUCAUUUUCAUGACAUAGUACUAUCAUAAUUGCUAAAUAAAGCUUGUGUGCUCUGAGUAUAGCCAAGCCUA